AUGCAAGGCUUCAACAUGGGCCGCUACGUCCCGCCGGACCUCGAAGGCCGCGUGUCCGCCAACGCGGCCUCGGGCAAGGGCCACGCGCUCGGUUCCCGUGCCCGCAAGCUCAAGUCAGAGGGCGUCCUGACCGUGCGGUUCGAAUGCCCGUUCCCCAUCUGGUGCACGACAUGCCAGCCCGAGGAAAUCAUCGCGCAAGGAGUACGGUUCAACGCGGAGAAGAAGAAAGUGGGUGCCUAUUUCAGCACCCCCAUCUGGGAGUUCCGGUUCAAACAUACCGUGUGCGGCGGGUGGGUGGGCGUGCGGACGGAUCCGAAGAACGCGGAAUAUGUGGUCACAGAGGGGGGACGACGGCGCGAUUUCGGCACAGACGAGGGUGGGAUACGCGUCGACGCAUUCGGGUCUAGCGCGGUCACGGAGGAGCAGAAAGACAGACUCGAAAAGGACGGCGGGUUCGGGGCCGUGGAGAAGAAGGUCGCGGACAGGACGGCGGCAGAGACGCAGAAGGCCAGGCUGGAGGAGUUGAUGCGAGUCAGUCAGCGGGACUGGGGCGAUCCGUACGAAAAGAGCAGGAUGGUGAGGAGAGGGUUUCGCAUCGGCAGGAGGAAGAGGCAGGCGGACGAGAGGACGGGCGAGGCGUUGAAGGAUAAAUUCGGCUUGGCCGUCGACAUGGAGAUGUUGCCCGAGAGGGAGGAGGAUAACGAGAGGGUCAAGUUCUUGGAGUUUGGCGAGCAGAGCGGUGGGCAGGAAACUCUGAGCUCGACCAAGCCGUUGUUUCGUCCGAAUCCUACUGCCGCUGCUGCUACUACUGCUACUGCUAGUGCCGGCGGCUCCUCGAAUACUAUGUCGAGCUCUGGCAAGAUGAAGGCAAAAGUGGACAAAAAGGAGAUGUUGGGCACCGCAUUAAGAGGCAACUCUAGGAUUGCGGUUGAUCCAUUCUUGCGCGACGAGAAUCUUUGGCAACCGAGAGUGAAACGGAAAAGAGAGGAUGGACAACCUGAGCCGGAACUGGAGAGGAAACCCGCCCCUGUUGACAGCAGGACCAGCAUGGCGUUGGUUGGUUAUGACUCGGAUUCAACAUGA